GGUUGAAUUUAGUUAGACUGGCUGGAUAAACCUGUUUUAUUUAUUUUACGACACUAACUGGCUGUUGAUAACGAAACACGAUGACGUGUGCGUUGCCGAAGUGAAAGUAACUUAUUAGUGGUAGGAGCGAUACGUGUAGGCCUUCAAUAUCGGCAAUACAUUCGAACACUUGCAGUCUAUCGCGAGUCGCGGUUUAGUUCGCUUGACCCCAGGUUACGUUCUGCUCUAAUAACAAUGUGUGGAAUUUUUGCAUACAUCAAUCACCUCACGCCAAAGACCCGGCGUGAAAUAUUGGAACUACUUGUUAAUGGAUUAAAACGAUUGGAAUACCGUGGCUACGACUCUGCGGGCGUCGCCAUCGAUGCCGCUGACCAAAAAGACAUAGCGGUGGUGAAACGCAGUGGCAAAGUCGCCGCACUUGAGGAGUUGCUACAAGAGCGUAGUGUGGAACUGUCCAUAGAAGAUUGUGUGGAGUCUCACUGCGGCAUUGCUCAUACUCGUUGGGCUACCCACGGAGAGCCGAGCGCGGUUAACUCGCACCCGCAACGCUCUGGAGAAGACAACUCUUUUGUUGUCAUUCAUAAUGGUAUAAUCACUAACUACAAAGAAGUGAAAACAUUCCUAGAAAACAAAGGCUACACUUUUGAGUCUCAAACGGACACUGAAGCUAUUGCUAAACUAAUUCAUCAUAUUUACAACCAACACAAGGAUUAUAAUUUUCAAGAAUUAGCUGAACAGGUAAUUCAACAACUUGAAGGUGCUUUUGCUUUGUGCUUUAAGUCCCGUCAUUUCCCAAAUGAGUGUGUGGCCACCCGCCGUGGUAGCCCCCUGCUAGUGGGCAUCAAGACACGUCGGCGACUAUCCAGUGACCAUGUGCCCAUCAUGUACACUAACAACAAAGGCACUCGUGGAGUGGUGCCCUCAGUGCCCCGUGUCAACAGCCAUGCUCACUUCCAACCAGAGGAAGAGAGAGAUGUUGAAUACUUCUUUGCAUCUGAUGCUUCUGCUGUUAUUGAACACACUAACAGGGUACUUUAUUUUGAAGAUGAUGAUGUGGCCCACAUAAAGGAUGGUGUGCUUAGUAUCCACCGUUUGUCUAGCAGUAGCAAUGAUCCUCAUGAACGUGAAAUAUUUACCCUGAAAUUAGAACUGCAACAAAUAAUGAAGGGAAACUAUGACUACUUCAUGCAAAAGGAAAUAUUUGAGCAACCAGAGUCAAUUGUAAAUACUAUGCGAGGUCGCCUAAACUUUGCUAAUGGUACUGUUACUUUGGGUGGUAUCAAAGAUUAUAUCCCCGAAAUUAAAAGAUGUAGAAGGUUAAUGUUGAUUGGUUGUGGUACCAGUUAUCACAGUGCUGUUGCUACCAGGCAAUUGUUGGAAGAAUUGACAGAACUUCCUGUUAUGGUGGAACUUGCUUCUGACUUUUUGGACAGGAAUACACCUGUGUUCCGUGAUGAUGUGUGCUUCUUUAUUUCACAAUCUGGGGAAACUGCUGAUACUCUAAUGGCUCUUCGAUACUGUAAGCGUCAUGGAGCACUAAUUGUGGGGAUAACCAACACUGUAGGUAGCUCCAUUUGUCGCGAAUCGCACUGCGGCGUCCACAUCAAUGCUGGUCCCGAAAUUGGUGUUGCGUCAACAAAAGCCUACACGUCACAAUUUGUAUCUCUUGUCAUGUUUGCUCUAGUUAUAAGUGAAGACCGUAUUUCUCUUCAAAAACGGAGGGCGGAUAUCAUUGCAGGUCUUCAUGAGUUGGAUAGUAAAAUUCGUCAAGUAUUGGCCCUGGACUCUGAAGUUAAAGCUCUAGCUGAAGAUUUGUAUAGUCAACGUUCUCUGCUUAUCAUGGGUCGCGGUUACAACUUCGCCACUUGCCUUGAAGGAGCUCUUAAAGUUAAAGAGUUGACAUACAUGCACAGUGAAGGAAUUAUGGCCGGAGAAUUAAAACACGGACCACUUGCUCUUAUCGAUGAUUCGAUGCCGGUAAUGAUGAUAGUAAUGCGCGACCCUGUUUACACAAAAUGCAUGAACGCCUUGCAACAGGUGACAGCGCGGCAAGGUCGCCCGAUCGUGGUAUGCGAAGACGGCGAUACAGAGACUAUGAGCCUGGCGUCUCGUUGCCUCCAAGUGCCCAAAACCGUCGACUGUUUACAAGGCGUGCUCACUGUUAUCCCUAUGCAACUCCUCGCCUACCACAUCGCCGUCAUGCGCGGUUGCAAUGUCGAUUGCCCACGCAAUCUUGCUAAAUCUGUAACAGUAGAAUGAACGAUUUACGCUCGAUCUCUGAAACGGCACAAAAUAUUAAGUACGUGAAUUUUAUGGACUGACUAAUUAGAUCUACAUUAUUUUGUAGUGGUUAAAGACACGCGGAACAGGCUUUAAGUUUGUUCACACUGUUGUUAUUUCUUUGGUAUAUGUAUGUAAAUUGCGAAGUUGUUAGAUUUGGAAAGAAAACAAAUCCAAUCAGAAUUUAAAUGUACCUAUGUCGUUUGGCCAUAAUUUUCGUUUGCCUAACAUAAAUGUUUUGAAAAGGACACAAAAGCAUAAAAGAAGAUUUCCGAUAAGCACGUUCUGUCUUUGACGUUGUAAAUUAAGUCUGCAAGAUCCAUUAUCAGCUACCUAUAAACACGAGCCAGUCUUUUCCAAACUUUCGGUUUUGCAAUUUUCGUUUUUUGGCGAUGAUAGUUAUGUAGCUGAUGGUGUUGUCCAAGCAUUUUUCAAGGUUACGUUUAAAUAUUCGGUUUUCAUAACAUUCUAUUUACAUUCCUACAUUUCUUUAAAAUAUUAUAUUGUGUACUACAUUCCACGAUCCAUCUUAGCUUACCUAGCUAUUUUCAAGGUUUUACCUCUCUAAAUCUUUGUUCAUAACAAAAGCAGUGCCACUGCCACUUCACUUGAAAUAUAUUUAUAUGCGUGACCAAUCUCUAUAUUUUGUAUUUCAGAAGUAUAUUGUUAUGUACUUAUUUUAAUUUGAUUCCGUUGAAAUAUUGAUUUUAUCCAUCUAAACAAGAGUCAGAGUAUAGAAAUUCCUCCCAGGUGUAUUUUUGUUUGUUUUAUGCUUUUGUUAAUUUAUUUAUUACUUUCUCUCCGAAAAACAAUAUUUAGUUUAAAAACAAUAAUUGUUAUAUUUUGAGAUAAUAUUCUAAAUAGAUUUUAUUUUCAUAAUUGUUCAUUUUUAUGUAUACCUUUUAUGCUUUAUAAUAUAUAGGUACCUAUGAAUAUUUUGGUUUGUGAUACGUAUUAGAUUCAUAAAUAUCAUCUUUUGUAAAAUUUGUACAUAAUUAUGAUACAGAGUUAGAACAUUUUAUAAAUUCGUUCGAAAGGUGUAAACUAAAAUGACACGCUCGUCCACGAAAUUUUCUAUAUAAUCUAAGUAAAUGAUAACUAUAUGUAUAAGUAUAAGAAAACGUAUGUACGUGCAUAAGGAAGGAGAGCGUCACUUUAGUUUAUGCAGGUUAUAUGAUUAUUGUUUUUAUUAUAAUCAUUUCGAAUAAUUGCUACUAGAGUACUUACUGUAUCAACUCGCAGUAUAGGUAGGUAUAUUGAAUUUAUUAAGACCACAGCAUCAAACUUAGGCAAUGGCAGGUUUGUUAAGGGAAAUUAACUCUUACCUAUGCUUGUAGUAUUAUAAUUUGAUGCCCUUACCGAAUUGAAAAAGAUAAAAGAUACAAACAAGGAAGUAAGUAUGAUAAGUGCCUAAUUUCGAGACGAUAAAGUACGAUUAGUGUAUGUAUAUAAUGAGAUAUUUUAAUCAACCGCAGCGUAACCGAAGUAAAUUCGUAAUUUUAUUUUAUAGAUAAAACUAAAAGUUUUUGUAAUUUCAUAUAAGUUUUAUUACAUAAUUAUAUUAUUGUUUUCUAUUCAAAUAUCCAUUAUCUCGGCUCGACUGCAUUUCUUUGUUUUCAAAAUCAUUAAAUGGUUUAAGUUGUGCAAUAUGGACAAUGUAUUUUUUGACCCUACUACGGCAAAGCGAAAAAAGGGUUAUAACUGUUUAAAUAUAAAAAAAUUAACUAGUCAAAUCUAUAUUGGAAAUCUUCAUAAUUUGUCAAAAAAAAUGUUAAAUUUUCUAUAAUUCAUUUAAUUACAUGCACGAAUUUUAAUACACUAUUCAAUGAUGUUAUACGUUUACGUGCUUAAAUUAUGCUAUAUAAAUAGGUAUGGAUUUACGAUUCAGUAUCCUAGUAGGUACUACCUUGUAUAUUGUUUACUUUGCCUGCACCACAUUAUCGUCAAAGGUAGACGCGAAUGUAUGAAUAUUGCGUACCCAUAGUUUGUAAGUAAUGCUUUAAUUUACCGCAAUGAAAAACCAGCAAUGUAUGCCGAAUCCGUCAGUUCGGCGAACGUUUCCGCGAUAGUGUGGAACUGGCAUUACUUACGAAGUACGAAAGAAAUAGGUAUCUCACCCAUAAGAUUUGCAUCAAUAAUACGGAACUGUAAAAACAAAAAUUAACUACAUAUGUAUUUAAGUAGAUGUAAUUGUGAUUUUUUGUAUAUUCUAUUUACAGUUAAUUAUUGUAUUUAAAUAAAAAUAUAUGUUUUAUUGUA